GGGAAAGAAACCUGGCGUCCAUCAUAAUCCUACCCACUUCCUUCUGAUCCUGGCCCCCAUUCUCUUAGCAGCCAAGGCAGUUCUACAAACGACCCCCAAUUUACGGAGAAGUAAGUUUGAUCAACAGCCUCAUGUGAUUUGGUUUCAUGUAUGAGGUCUUUUUCUUGCACCAGCUGUAAGCCAAGGGCCACGACUCUACCCCCGACAAGCCGAGGUGAGAUCGUGGACGAAGUGAGCAGUCCGGUUCGUGCAAUCUUUAGACACCGGUUUGAGGCAUUGGCGAUAGAUUCCUGUGCGGCUGAAACGACCCGAGUCUCUUCGCUUCAAAGACGUCUCGGCAAGCAAGCGACGUCUUGGGUGCGUGCGCACCUUUCCAUCAUCGCGUGAAGUUACAUCUGUUGCCCACUGACGAGGCUCAAUUGAAGUCACAACUCUGCCUUGGGACAUUGGCCAUCAAAUUCUGGAACCCCCCACCGACAGGUCUUUUACAAGCAGAAAUGUCGGAGAAGAACACGUACGCGAGUAGUGCAGAUGAAACGUCCACCGAGCGGAUUCCCACCUAUGAAGAAUCUGUGGCCUCAUCUACAAACCCAAGAUCGAUGGGAAGAUGGGAGAAAUCAUCCAGAUCGAUGCCGUCAAUGAUUCGCCAGGAACGAACCCGUCGGAUCGAGCAGCUUAUCGCCGAGUUGAUUGUUCCAACGGUUUCGAUGAAGCUGUCCAGUGGCUGCUCGUCGCUGAGCAUAAUCAUCUUGCCAUCAGCCUCUCUCACGGCAAACGGGGAAGUGACAGAACAAAACAUCGUGACGCCAGGCCCGCAGGCGCAGGAGUCGCGAACAGUUCUCACACUUCGAGGGGAGGAGAACAGUGCAUCAUUCUGGACACAGAAUCCUGUCGUUCAGGAAUUGGAAUUUUUCCUGCGUCAAGAAUUAUCUGAGGAGCCGAUAGACGCAGCAACGCUUUUUGAUAAUCAACUCCAAGCCGAAGUCCGAAGCCAACCUACAGCUCCGCUGCCUCAACGACCGAAACCCAAGUCAUGGCUUAAGCGAGCUUUCGAAAGCCCGGGGGCUGACCACGAUCCAACGGGCGAGACGGGUAAGUGGAAUCUUGGCUGGCGAAGUCCAGACACUCGUAGUGGCAGUCAGGACAGUGGUUGGAGGGCGAAAGAACGACGAAGAAAUGUACAGAGGGACGAAUUGGCCGUCCAUGCCAGGCUGGAAAACGUGAGCUUUCGGACAGAGAGUGAAAUGGGCCUUCUCGAGACAAACACUGUGAAAUGUCUCUGGGUUGAGAUUGAGCUCGGGUUAUGACGCGUACACUGUUGAUACCAAAAAGAGUCGUGGCCACCAGUGCAGUAUUUACUAAAUCUUGGCUAUCAAAUGUUUCCCUAGCUCUACAGAGAGUCACGGGACAAAGACUGUCCUGUCUUUCUUCGCCGUCCAAGCGUCUGCGGCAUCUUCUAGCUUCCUCACCUUGAGAUCCAUCUUUGGCAAUCUGGCCACCGCAGCCAGCAGACCCGGCAAUUCUUUGGCGAAGUGCGGCAUUGACCAGGCACCGGGUCCUGCACCCCUCAUUGUGAUGUUCUUUGACCGCAAGAGUGCAGCCGGCAGAGCGGUGUCCAGACCGGCCACAGAUCCAAUCUGGACGUACUGUGUCGGCGCCUUCGAGCUGAGGGCGGUGAAGAGGGCGGGGAUGACAGGACCAUAGAGAUAGUCGAGUAUGACAUCGACAUCGCCCAGGGCCGAGAAAUCCGUUUCGGCGGGAUUACUUGCCAACAC